AUGAAACGUCAAAUAACGAACCAUCAAGGAAAAAAAAUGUGAAAGAACAAAAUUCACGCAAAAAAUAUCCAAAGAACUGUGAAAAACGGGAUUUUAUUAAACUUUUAUUGCAGAUCAUCAAUAGUUUCUAAUCAAAAAUACUUUUUACGUUCAUUAUAACAGACCUAGGUGCAACAGCCGUACCAGUGCAACUUGAGUCGUAGCUUGACCGGAUGGAAGUGAAGACGGAGGAAAAUGUGGCUCCGCAGGCGAAUGGACUCGAAGCGAUUGCAACUUCAGUUUCUGGCAAAAGUGGAAAGAAGAAAGUCAAAAGGAAAAAUAAGUCUAAAAAUAUCGUCACAAAUCCAAAUCAGGAACAGCAUCAUAUUUCACAGGAAAAGGAGAAGAAUGGUAAAAUUGCCACCGGAAAGCAAAAUGGAAUCACUCAGGAUGAGGGCAGUUCUGCGGAGAACAUCUGUCAGAAGUUAGAACAGAGCUUAAAACUGGGCAAAAAUGGAUUGACCAAUGGGAGCAUGUCGGGAGAAGAGCACCAUCAAGUGGCCAAAUCGGAAUCAGUAGUAACUACAGGAAAAAGAAAACAUAAAAACAGACAGAAAAGUAAGAACCAGUCUACUGCUGCUAGUGGGAGCGAACUGCAGGUGGCGCAUACUAGCGAAAACUGUAAAACCGAAGAACCGCCCAAGAAAGAUUCAUCCGUACUUCCGGCUAACGAACCACCGCCAGAUUUAGCACCAGAACAGCAACCAAAGCCCAUAAUCACGUACCAGGUGUACGAAUCGGAGCUGCAAAUGCCCUGCAUAAUGUCUCUCAUCCAGAAGGACCUAUCGGAACCGUACUCUAUCUACACGUAUCGAUACUUCAUCCACAACUGGCCCCGGCUGUGCUUUCUGUCGUGGCACGAGGAACGCUGCGUGGGGGCGAUCGUCUGCAAGCUGGACAUCCACCGGCAGAACGUGCGCCGAGGCUACAUUGCGAUGCUGGCCGUCGACAAGGACUAUCGGAAGCUCAAGAUUGGAACGACGCUGGUGCAAAAAGCUAUUCAGGCUAUGCUGGAGGACAAUGCAGAUGAAGUAGUCUUGGAGACGGAAAUCACCAACCGACCAGCCCUGCGACUGUACGAAAAUCUGGGCUUCGUGCGAGAUAAACGCCUAUUUCACUACUAUCUGAACGGCGUGGACGCCUUGCGGCUUAAACUGUGGUUCCGAUGAACGUCGCCAUGAUCGUGCGUGUAUAGGCUCAAUAAGAAAGGCAUUUUUUCUAUGAUGAUGGUGUUGUAAAAUAUUGUGUGUGCGUGUCGGUUGAAAGGCAAUCCUUACGGACGAAGUAAGUUGCCGAAAAUUUCAACUAUAGGACAUAACAAAAAAUAGCUUCGGAAGCAAUGACGGCAAUUACAUGUUAGGGACCUAUGGGGCCCAAUCAGAGCUCGUGGUAAGGUUUUAGGCUAAACUCUAGGCAGUCGUUUUAGAGCAGGUGAUACUGUAUAAGGUUUGUAAUUUAUAUAACCGAAUCUUUCAUAGCAUCAAGUAUAAAACAAUAGAUAUGUGUCAACCCGAGAUGGAUGGUAGAUUCAAAGUAAUAAAUUAACAAUUUUAGACCUAUUUGAAAUCAACUUAUAUGAACAAAGAAUGCGCAACAGUGAGUCCAACAUACACACAUGCAUACAAAAAACACGUACAGCCCAACGUUUGCGGAGGGCGAAUUAUUCGCAGGUGUAAGUGAGUCUGACUUACAAGUAGUAAAAACCACAGAGGAAACCAAUCAGCAAACUAUUAAUUUAUAACAUAACACACGCGUAUAUUAUUCUGUAAAUAAAGUUUAUCGUCGAAUGUCUGGCGUACUACUA